AUGCUGGACGUUAACAAAGCCACGCAAAGCACAGCGGCCAUGAUCCUGGUCGGCUUCGACGGGUCAAUGUCCGUGGUGGGCACGCGCGUCGCCCUCGUCAUCGCCAUGCUCGCGCUGUGCUCCAGGAUCGGUAGCGCCAUCGGCUCGGCCAUUGUCGUGGUUAUUUGGUCUACCCAGGUGCCUAAGCAGCUGCGCCACGCCAGCAUCUUCCUUCGACCUUCGACGGCUACCGAGAAGGACGUGAUCAGCUUGUUUGGUCAGCCGACGUCCAUUCGCAAGCUCUAUGCUUUUGAUGACCCGAUGCGCGUGGGCGAUAUUCUGGCGUAUCGCCGCACCCUGUACUACUGUCUUGCUGUGGUGCUGGGUCUGGGAUUUGUCCCGCUUAUUGCGGCAUUUUUCCAGAACAAUUACUUCUUGGGCAAGUCGCAGAAUGCUGUUACUGAUGUUGGCAACGAUGGUCGAUCCUUGACUGGGAAGGACUGUAACCAGGGGCGGCCACCGCCGCGGAACAAGAAGGAUGCUUUUCUGCGGUUCUGGGAUGGGAAAUAG